UUUCAAGCAUGCGAACUACCUAAGUGCAUUCGCGACAUGAAAAAAUCCAUUUUCGCAUCACGAACGAAAUCGGAAAUAAUCCUAAUUACGGUAGUUAUCGCGUUGACAAUCAUUACUCUAACGUUAAUCAUUUUACUGGCGCGCUCAAGAGCAUCAGAUGCCCUGGGGCAGCAAGAGGAGGUGAGGGGUUGCCGAAAUCAAACUUGCAUCACAGAGGCCCUGGAAAUCUUACGUCGGGUUAACGUCGAUGUGAAUCCUUGCGAAAAUUUCCACGCCUUUUCCUGCGGUAACGUCGAGCCACUGUCGGAUAAACACUUAAAGUAUGGCCCCUUCACCGACAUGGUGAAAAACUUCAGGACGCGACUCAAAAAGAAGUUUAGCGAAGAAAUUCUCCCAUCGGAUCAUGUUUUGGUUCAAACCGAGAAAAGACUGUUUUCGGCUUGUAUGAAUGAAACGAUGGAGUACGUUUCGUUUAAAACGCUUCGCGAUGCCUUAAUUUUCGCGGGGGGUUGGCCUGUAGUUGAGGGAAACAAGUGGAACGAAGUCAAUUUUGAUUGGAUUCAAGCGACAUUUACGCUAAGACAGAUGGGUUAUUUACACUCCACCUUCUUACAGUUAGACAUAGUUGAAGACCCUAAGAAGAACGACGGAUACAUAUUUCAGGUUUCCAUACCGGCAGUAGAUGACGUUUACAGUAAGCACUUCAGCACCGAGGAAACUAAUGGCUUUAUGGCUGACGUGGCAAUUGCCUUUGGCGCUGAAAUUCACAGAGCGCUGGGAGAAAUGACGCAAGCUCUUGAAUUUCUCCUAGACCUGCAAUGGAUCCGAACAAAUAUAGAAGAAAUCCAAGAUGAAUACCAAAGGAUCACCGUCGAUCAACUACAAAAAAAGCACGGGUCACUCGACUGGUUAAACUACAUCAAUCAAAUCACUAGAACAACCCCUAAAAUAACCGGCGAGACUUACAUUUUAUUUCCAUCGGAGACUUCCAUGGACCAAUGGUUAAGCACCGUAAUGAAAGCACCCAAACGUCUGCAAGCCAAUUAUCUGAUGUGGAGGGUUGUGGAGGACAAUUUACCGUUUGUUACGUCGAAGUUGCGAAGUGAAAAAAUAAAACCCAAAUUUAUGUUAGAAGAAGAGCAGACCCGGGCGGAAUUUUGCAUUGACAUUCUUAGGGAAAACUUUUCCCCGAGCCCUAUCGACGUGCUGUACGUACGCGAAAUCCUACCACAAGGGAAAGUGGAUCAGAUUAAUCAGCUAUUGGGAUACUUCAAAGAGGAAUUGAUGCUUCUAUUAGACAACAUAACUUGGCUAAAUGAUGACGAGACGGCGACGGCGCGAGAGAAAAUCGAAGAGGUGUCAAUUAGUUUUCGGGCACCCGAUGAGCAUGUGUUUCUGGGAAUGAAAUAUAACGUAUCAUCCGGCGACUUUAUAACUAUGCUCUCACAACUUAAGAAAGAUAAUCUUGAUUACCUAUACGGAUUAUUACGCGAAUCUCCCAAAGAUACUAAACUGGCAUGGUGGAAAAUGACGGGGGACUCCUCUUUUCACUUAAUGGCAAAGAACGAAAUCGAGAUUUCGCCCACCAUUCUCCAAGGUUUCAUUUUCAACGAAAAUCGCCCGAACUACCUCAACUACGCAACAAUGGGAAUGGCAUUGAAAAACAUCUUGUACAAAUUACUUGGGGGCUCGACUGAGUGGGCUAAUAAGGUUGCAUGUAAUCUUAAAGAAGGAAUUCCAAAUUUCGUACUUUACCAUGCCCUUACUCAUUUGAUAUCCGCUAAGGUAUCAUAUUCGGCCUACAAGAGAUGGGUUAAAGAUCAUGGCGAAGAAUUGAAACUAUAUCCGCUGGAUUAUACGCCUGAACAACUAUUCUGGAUGUCACCUGGAGAGAUAUAUUGCCAUUACACCGACUCCAUAUUUAAUUCAGAAUUGCAAAACGGUACUUACAAUAAUGUUUUGAAGGAGGUACUUAAUAACAACCCUCAAAUGCUUGAGGAUUUCAAGUGUGGAUUUUACAUUGAAAAUAAAUGCACACUUUAUUAGGA